ACCCUCUAUCCCGAAGCCCACCGAGGAGUGAUUCAAGUGAAACAACCGUGAUUAAGUGCCAGCCAUCCCAUCCAUCCCAUCCGCGCCCUCACCCACCAAACCCUCAUCCUCGACGUCCUCGUGGUGCCCCUUGUGACCAUGGCUCAUGCCUUGACCCGCUCGUCGGCCUCCGAGACUCGAAUGAACUUGGCCACCCUCACACGCGUCGAUCCUUAUGUCCAGAGCAUCGUCUGUCAAGCCAAACAUGUAUUUUUGUACUACCAUAAGGAUGGUAAUUGGGAAAAAGGCGAUACGGAAGGUCCUUUGUUCGUGUAUGAACGGGUGUGCGAACCCAAAUAUGGAUUCAUCAUUCUGAACAGACUCAAUCAAAAGAGCUUGAUCGAACCCAUCAGCAAAGGCCUGGAAUUCCAAUCCAAACCACCGUUCAUGUUGUACAAAACGAAGGAUGAAGAAAUUCGAGGCAUUUGGUUCUACAAAGAAGAAGAGUGCAAAAUGAUCUCAGCCAAAGUUGAGUCACUCAUCAAACUCACCGAGGAAGCCGCAUUGCAAAAUCAACGGGCCGAGCAUCCGCCCAAAGAUUUAGCCUCUUUGCUGAGCAAAGCCUCCUCUCAAUCCGGCGGAGUUGCGGUAUCGGCCAAUGAGGCCAAGGCGUCCAAGGCCAAGGUGAAUUUAAAAACCCCAAAGACGGCGGACAAGGUCAAACCCGCGAUCGACAACGAGAAUGGCGGCAAUAACUUGCUGAGAAUGCUCUCUAAUUCGGCCAAUGGGGGUGUUAUGGCCCCCUCAGGUCUGGUGGAGGAGGGAAACGUGGCGGCAUUUUUUGCUCAGGCCAAUCAGAGUCCUUUAUGUGGACCACCCCCUCAGCAUCAGCAACCUGUGGCCAUGAUGCCCGACCCUAGGGCACCCUUGGGACCUCAUGGACCUAUGAUGAUGAGGCCGCCCAUCAUGAUGCCUAUGAUGCCACCGGGAAUGCCUCUGAUAUCAGAGGGAAACUUCCAACCCAGUGUUUUGGGAGCGGGGUCCAUUCCACCGGAAACGGAUGGGAAACAAAUACUUCAGCGCCUCAUGUCCAAUGCCGGAGUGCAUUCCCUUGAGGCUCUUGAGCACGAUCAACGGAUUCAAAGCCAGAGUCCAAAUCUGCAACGGAUGCCGCCACUUCCGGUGGAUGCGAUGAAGGCCGAUGACAUCGAAUCGAUCUUGGGUCAAAAGCUUUCCCUUAACUCUGCAUCUUACGCAGCAGCAGUGAGUGGAACGCCUCAGGACCCACCCAUCUCGCAAGUGAAUGCACCCAUGUUUGGCCAGGGCACACCCAAAAUUAAACAAGAGCCCCAGGAACUGAAACUGAUCAGCCCAUUCGAUUUGGUCGCACCCAAAGCGUCCAAUGAGUCUUCGACACCACUGAUUGCUCCCCAUCGGUCUUUGAUUAAGGACGAGCCAUUGGAUACGUAUGACAAUAAUGGAGCGAGUCCCAAUCUGAGUGGGAUUGGGAAACUCAACGGUCCACCCUCGACGAUGUCAUCUACGAUGCCCAAUGGACAUACAAAACAAGGUCGCAGUGAUAUCACUCCCCUCACCAAAGAGCAACUGAUGCAGGCGUUCGAACACCUUUUGAACUCUGACCCCAGUUUCAUUGGUAAACUUCAUCAGGCUUAUGUGGAAAGUCUGAAUACCAAGCUUCAUUGAGGAACACAAGCAAGGAAAGGCUCUCUCUCUUAUCUCUCUUACUUUUCUUCUUCUUCUUCUUAACGUCGUAAUCUCUUACAUCUUGGACUUUGAUGGUAAACGAAAAAUAAAAACAAGCAAGAAGAACCACAGCCACACCAACAAACAAAGCCGCACCAAUGAGUCUCAAUUCAGAAGAUCUAUAAGUAUUAUAAUUAUUGCAGAACACAAUAUGAAUAAUGGACGGUCGAAUAGAAAAUGGUCACUAGAAGCCGCACAUUGGCGGAUGUUUUUGGUUGUUUCCCAAUACUAUAAACUGAUUUAGUACUGGAAUAAAAAUAGACCCUCUUCCUUUAA